AGUAUCAUUGCCUUGUUUUCUCCCUAGGGUUUUUAAGCGCGCACACACUCUGCCUCCCCUCCCCCCUCUCUCUCUACAUCGUUUACUUGCAGAGAAUCAAACAUGACUCAACAAUCCCAGGAGGAGUUAUUGGCCCACCAUCUUGAACAUCAGAAGAUUGAUAAUGAUGAGCCUAUAAUUGAGGACGAAGAGGAUGACGACGAUGAUGAUGAAGAUGAUGAUGAUGUUGAAGGACAAGAAGAUGGCAGCGGUAGGUCAAAGCAGAGUCGCAGUGAGAAGAAAAGUCGCAAGGCAAUGCUAAAGCUAGGAAUGAAGCCAAUCCCAGGGGUCAGCCGAGUAACUGUGAAGAAGAGCAAGAAUAUCCUAUUUGUCAUCUCAAAGCCAGAUGUCUUUAAGAGCCCGAACUCAGAUACUUAUGUUAUCUUUGGUGAGGCAAAGAUUGAGGAUCUAAGCUCUCAACUGCAGACUCAAGCAGCAGAGCAGUUCAAGGUUCCCAACAUCAACCAAGCUGCACCAAAGGCAGAGCCAGCAGUUGUAAUUCAAGAUGAUGAAGAUGUAGACGAAACUGGUGUUGAACCCAAGGACAUUGAGCUGGUGAUGACACAAGCUGGGGUUUCGAGAGCUAGGGCUGUCAAAUCUCUCAAGGAAGCCAACGGAGACAUAGUCUCUGCCAUUAUGGAGCUUACAAACUAGGCAUCGCAUCAUGCUUAAAUAUGUCUACUUGUUGACGGCCACCGUUUUCUUAGAACUCUGGUUCAUUAUUCAGUUUUCCGUGUGUACCAUACUGGAAUUGUGAUGACUGCUCUCAGUUUUGCAUAUGCUUUGUAUUCAUCAGUUUUUGCGUCUA